UGGCAUUUCUCAUAAGCGCGAAUAUCGAAAGCAAGGAUACGGACAUACAGUUCUUUAUUUUCGAUAGAAUCUUAUAUUUACAAUGGAAGAGUUGAAACGAUUAGAAAAGAAAAAACUUGAAAUUGAAGAGGAAAUGAAGGAAUUGCAGAACGUUUUAAUACGGGAAAAUGUUACGAUGCAUACUCCUUUGGUAACAGAAGAUGGCUUUCCUAGGUCUGAUAUAGACAUUCCUACAAUCCGACCUACUAGGCAUAAAAUAAUUACACUUCGAAACGAUUACAACAAAAUAGAAGAUGAAAUUAAAAAAGCAUUGGAAAAUGUUCUUUCUGCGCAAACAACCAAAAAUGAUGUCUCAAGCUCAGUUGCCAAAGCACAAUGGAAAGAGAGUGGUGCCCAGGAUCAGGGCGUAGACACGGAUGCAUCCUUCGUUAGUGGAAAACAAGCCAAGGUUCUACAACGAGCUUCUAUAUUGGGAAGACCUAAACCUUUCUGUGUCGUAGACUCGGUGGCUGUUGGAAGCCCGGCUCAAGAAGCUGGCCUUUGCGUCGGAGACGAGAUUAUAAGAAUUCAAACAUGUACAAGUUUGUCUUCCUUACCCGCUCUCGUUCAAGCCAACUUGGGAAAAAGUUUGAGUGUGCUAUUGAUUCGUGGAUACGACGCAGAUGAUUCACCAAGAAUCUAUCGACUCUCCCUACAGCCCCAUACUUGGCAAGGUCCUGGCGUACUAGGCUGUCAUUUACGCUAAAAUAAAACAAGCAAAAAUAAAGAGAAGAGAAGAGAAAAAAUAAUUGAACGGUGCAUAAGAAACAAGCUACAAAGUUGCAUGAACAAGUGUUAUGAAUGGAAAACGACUUUGUCCUUUUCACUUUUAUAUAGACUCUAAAUGUUAUAAUAGUUGACGACUUGCAAAUUCAUGAAAAACUGGUCGGUUUGAUUAUAUAUAACUACAUGCAAUCAUGUAUAUAACUUAUGUAAGAAAUAAGGUCCAUUAAUAUUCUCAUAAAAUAAAAUAACUAUUACAAACAACAUUAACAAAAAAGA